AAAAAAACAGAAAAAGGAGCUGUUAAUGAACGCAACAGCAGCAAGGCUUCGUUGGAUCAAAUCGAAGCGCCUGCUCAAUAUCAAUAUCAUCACUUUCUCUCUCCUCUUUUUUCUUCUUUCCUUUCUUUUUUCUGCAAUUUUUCUCCAAAUUUAUUUUCCCCCUUUUAUAUCAUUAAUUGAAAUAAAUAAUCGACACCCACUUUUUUAUUCCUAUUUUUUUUGCAGUUUAAGGAAAAUUAAUAAUGUGAUUAAAAAGAAAAAUUUAGAAAAAAAUACGGGUGGGAGAGAGAGAAAAUAAAAAUAAAAAUAAAAAUCAAAGCUUUAAUUUUUCCCUUCAUUUAAUUAUUUAAUUUAUUAUAUGGGUAUUUCCUUUUUUGUUUUUUUUGAUGGGGGUUACCUUCCAAUUUUCUCUUCAUUGCCGUUUUUCUCUUCCAUAUUGACAACAAUCAUAUUUCUUAACUAGGGUUGGUUUAUUGAUUGAUUGUUUCUCUUUAUUUUUUGAAUAUCAAAAAAAAAAAAAACCCUGAAAAAUUGAUUCAAUUUUACAUGGAACCUCGAGUUGGUAACAAGUUUCGACUUGGUCGGAAGAUCGGAAGUGGCUCUUUUGGAGAGAUCUACCUUGGUACUAAUGUACAGACUAAUGAGGAGGUGGCAAUCAAGCUUGAAAAUGUGAAAACAAAGCAUCCUCAACUGUUGUAUGAGUCCAAAUUAUAUAAAAUUCUGCAAGGAGGAACUGGAAUUCCUAACGUAAGAUGGUUUGGUGUUGAAGGGGACUACAACGUUCUAGUCAUAGAUCUACUUGGCCCCAGCUUAGAAGAUUUAUUCAACUUCUGUAGUAGGAAAUUUUCGUUGAAGACUGUCCUGAUGCUUGCUGAUCAGAUGAUCAAUCGAGUUGAAUUUGUUCAUUCCAAAUCAUUCUUGCAUCGAGAUAUCAAGCCAGAUAACUUCCUCAUGGGGUUAGGGAGACGAGCAAACCAGGUCUACAUGAUUGAUUUUGGUCUAGCGAAGAAGUAUAGAGACAGUACAUCCCAUCAACACAUUCCUUAUAGGGAGAACAAGAAUUUGACAGGGACUGCUAGAUAUGCAAGCAUGAACACUCACUUAGGAAUUGAACAAAGCCGAAGGGAUGACUUAGAAUCACUGGGUUAUGUUCUUAUGUAUUUUUUAAGAGGAAGUCUUCCCUGGCAGGGGCUGAAAGCUGGGACCAAGAAACAGAAGUACGAAAAGAUUAGUGAGAAAAAAGUCUCGACCUCUAUUGAGGCUCUAUGUCGAGGUUAUCCAACAGAAUUUGCAUCAUACUUCCAUUUCUGCCGUUCACUGCGGUUCGAUGAUAAACCAGAUUAUGCUUAUCUGAAAAGGAUCUUUCGUGACUUAUUUAUUCGUGAAGGAUUUCAGUUUGAUUAUGUCUUCGACUGGACUAUACUGAAGUAUCAGCAAUCUCAGAUUGUUGCCCCCCCUCCACGUGCUCUUGGUGCUGCUGGACCAAGCUCUGGGCUGCCUCAUGGCGCCAACGACAGACAACCUGGUGCUGAAGAAGGAAGACCGUCUAAUUGGCUUUCUGCAGACUCAUCUCGUAGGAGAAUGGCGAGUUUGCCUAAGCAGAAAAGUCCUGCUGGAAAUGAUCCAGCUGCAGCUAAAGACCCCAUGCUACCUAGCUCUCUUAUGAGAACAAGCACAUCAGCAAGGCGUGCUGCUGGGUCAAGUAGUCGUGAUGCAGUGUUUGCUGGGAGUGACGCAGAUGCCAGCCGCCCUGCUACUGGUGACCCGAGUCUUCAGAAAGUCUCGAGUGGACAUCGUAUUUCGCCAUUUGUAUCAUCGGAGCAUCCUCGUUCAUUUUCUGCCAGGGUAGCAUCAAAUGAACAUAAUCUUGAAUCUACCAUCAAGAAAAUUGAGGGCCUUAAUGUCAGCAAUGAAGAGAGGCCGUAGUGAUUGGUUUCUUCUCAAAGGUUUUAGACCUCUCUAGUUUCUCCCAUGUAAAUCUCAAAUAACAGUUUAUUUCUAUGGGAUCUUAUGUGUUCUUGUCUUUCUUCAAAUUUAGGUUCUGCAUGUUGUUCUUUUUUCUUCCCUUUAUUAUUUUUGUACAAUUUUUUUAGGACAGGCGAAAGCCAGAAAAUGAAGGCAUGAAACUGGAAGGCUUGAGGUAAGGACUCCGGUAGCACCGUAGCACUUGUAAAGAAAUUUUAAUGGAAGUCCCCUUCACUUGAGGUGGAAUGCACAAAUUUUACGUCUUGGAUUC